AAACUAUAUAGAUGUGAAAAUACACGAAAAUCGAUAUUACCUGGCUGUCCCAUGGAAGUGCAUGUCUUCGCUUAUUUUCAGCUUCGACUUUGACCCUUCUGUGACGCCGUCGACAGCACUGUGGAGACCGGAAGCGUGAUGGCCAGAUUCGGGAAACUAAAAACUCUUUACCAUAAACAAAUCAGAAUGUCUCAACAUAACUGUUCCUAGUCCCAAAGUAUUGAGGCCUGAGCCUCUCAUUUCAAUUCAACAAUGUCAGAUCAAGAGGAGCCUGACAAGGGUGUAGACAUGUGGUCCUCCCUCCGCUGUCUGGGCUAUCUGUCUAGCUUUAACCUUCUGGUCGCUGUCUGCUUGGGAAUGUACGUACGAUGGGAGCAGUUAGAGGAAGCCAUGAUACUGGUCAUCUUCAUCCUGGGUCUGUUCGUUUCGGGCAUCGCUUUCAUCCUCUAUUAUUACUUUUCAUUGGAGUCAGCAGGUUUAAGUCUUUUCCACCUGUGGUUUGGCUUCCUGCAAGGUCUCCUGUGCUUUCUGAAUAGCCCAUCUGUGGAUAAGGACAUUAAGGAGCGAGUAACAAACUACCUGUUGCUAGCCAGCGUGGCUGUUCGGACACUCUGGGCCUUGACUGAACGUAUAUGUGGCAAUGCUAAAUAUAAACCAGUGGUUCUCACCUCAUCUGAGCUUCUUGAGCUUCUCGGCUUCGGUGUUGCGAGCAUCAGCCUGGUUUUUCACAAAUCGGUGGCUGUUAUUGCUCUGAUGUUUGCUUUGGCAGCCCUCAUUGUGGACCUGCGAAUGAAGUCGCCACUGGCGCUCCCCAACCUCGCAUGCUUCGCUGUGAUCUCUGCAGUGGCCUUUUUCAAGUCUUUGGAGAUCCCAACCAAUCCCUUCGCCCUCGGCUGCUACCUGGGCAGGCUUAUCUGCGAGCCGCUUUUGGACGUCUACUUCAGCGGUCUGUUGGCUACCGAGCGCUGGAUGAAGUUUCUCUCAGCUGGACGUUUGUGGAGGAGGUUGUCUUUGUUUCCACUAAGCGUUAUUGAGGUGAUGUUCAUCGUGCUCUGUGCCCUGAAGCUGGGUGACAUGAACGUCUGGUAUCUGGUCAUCCCUGGUUUCUGUGUCUUCGGCCUCUUAUGGGUCUUGUGCCACGUAGCCUUCCUGGUCACACUGUGGGGUUUCCACACCAAGCUUAACGAAUGUCAGAAGAUGUGGAAGGCCCAGCGAUCGCAAACACUCAGUUUAGACAGGAUCUUGGCCUCUAGAGGAAUGCGUCAUUUUUGCCUCAUCUCUGAACGGUUGGUCCUCUUCUGCCUGGUGUCCACCAUCAUACUGGCUGCUGUUUCAUGGCAGGUAACUAAUGGGCUCUUCAUGAGUGUGUUUUUAGUGGUGCUGCCGUUGGAGUCUUUGGUCUAUGGACUCUUCCAUGAACUGGGCAGCUGUUUGGGUGGCACCUGUGUAGGGUACGCUGUAGUCAUUCCCAGCUGUUAUAACAGUGCGGAUGGACAGCCGUUGUUAUUGGCUCCAGGGCAGGAAUGUCAUUCCACGGCCACGCUGAACGCCGUUCAGCGGCUAUUUUCUCAUCAUUUGAUUCAGACCUUUGGCUGUGACUACUCCACCAGUCUGAGUCUGGACACACUGCAGAGCAAACUGCGCACGUUUCUGGAGCUUUGUACCGCAGAAGGACCACGGCACGACACCUACAUCCUCUACUACUGCGGACGGACGCUUCCCAGCGGCGACUGGGCCCUGUCAGGCAGCGAGUGUUUGCGCCUGCAGCAGAUUCUCGAUAUGUGGAAGGAGAGGAACGCCAGUUUCUCUUCUCGUCUCAUCCUGGUCCUGGACACGGAGAAUUCAGUGCCAUGGGUAAAGGCCGCGAAGAAGAUCGAAGGGAUGUACGUGGCGGUGCAGGGGGCCAAGAUGAGCCCACCGGGAGACCCGGAGGACCAGCGAGCUCCCCGAUUGGGAGAUUUCACGACAGAGUGGGUGGAAUACAACUGUAAUCCCUACAGCACCGUGCAGUGGUCGGAAAGCAGUCGGAUCAUCAGCGCCACAUACGGCGUAUCCAAACCCUGGAGCGACUACACCCUCCAUCUGCCCACUGGGAAUGAUGUGGCCAAGCACUGGAAAACUCACUUUCCUCGGGCUACGUACCCACUGGUGGUCGUGGCCAGCUGGUGCUGCGGUCUUGACCUGUUCUGGUUGUGUAGCGUGUGUUUGCGUUGCGUUCGGAGAAUGAAACUGUCUUGGUUCCCACCCAACAUACUGGACACGGGGCAGGGAAUUAAACUAGUGCGAUCCUAAGUGGCCUUUACUUUUACUUUGCUGCGUGUCUUUUCUACGCUACAGUUUUGGGGAGAAUGUUUAUUGGUUUAGAUGCUUUUGGCAUAACUUCAGGACGGUACAUACGGACACGAACUAUUAUGUCAUACAUACAUUUGUUUAUCUAUGUGCCGUAUAAACUCAACAUGUUCACAGUCUUAACUCAUAAUUCUGUGUUACCAAAUUGAGACUGUAAGUGCCUUUUGUUAAUUUAUUCAGUUUUAAAGGGUUUUGUUUUGGGUACAAGUACAGUACCUUUCUAUGGAUGUAUUAAGCUUUUUUGGACAAGGGGUAGGUGGGAUUUGGUUAAAUUUAUAGCCCUCACAAAUUGUUUAGGGUUAUUAUAAGUUGUUGCCACUUCUAUGUAAGCCAAUGCAUUUGUGCUAUACAAGCAUAUAAAAGCCAAAUACCUUAUAGUUGAUCUGUGUGUUUUAUUAAAUAAAUGCCUUAUCAAGAACACACACAACCUUAAAUACUGUAUGUGGUUAGCUAAAAAUGCACUGCUUUCAGUGGUGGUGUAAGUGUCAUUCUAUGUGAUAUGCAUAUAAUGAUUUUGGUUUCAUUAUUCUUAUGUAAAAACUAAGCAGAUGUCAUGGAAACAGCAAAGGAAACUGGCGUUUUUUUUCCCCAUACUUGUCCUUUAGAGAGUACGACCCAAGUCUCGCUGCGUUUCAGCACAUCUCCCAGGCAACAUUUUACAGUCGCUUUCAUGCAUUUUAUGAGUUGAACACAGCAGGUGGGUGUACGGCAACUGCCGCGAGGUCCUUUUUACACAGCGAGGGGGAGAAAAACUUUCCUUCUCAUGUCAGUUUUAUUAGCUUUCCUUAAGAUGUUUUUUUUUUACGUUAUUAAAAACAAAAACGUGCAGGUAAUAUUAAUGCAUACGGCAGAAUUUCAUCCUCUGAACUGAAUUAAGAUUGUUUGACAUGUAUAGGAUUGCUGUCAGGUGGUACAAUAAAGGCACACACAGACUCA